AUGAAACAGAGAAAGCACGAGAUCUGUGAGGCUAGUGUGAAAAUCCUUGGAGACAUUCCACAAAUGGUUCUGCGUCUCAGUUGUAAAAGAUUAAAAGCUUACAAGUUCAAUGGCAGCUUUUUUUUCGUACAUUCAAUGAAAGCAAUAGGCAAUGUGAAUAAAAAGAAACCACACUUGUUAGCAAAUACUUAA